GGAGACCAUAUACACCAUGCAGGCUGAGCCACUGUUCCUUGUCGCGUCUGGUAACCCCUCACUGUCAACAAAAAAAAUCUCCAGUGUAUAUAAAUGUUGUCACCAUGUUUGAACGACUCCUAUUAGGCGUUAAGCUGAAGACUCGGAAACAACCAAAACGCACUGAAAGUAGUCGUAGAGGUGAUGAUCCGGAGCUACCAAAUUGUACACGCCGCCUUCCAGCAGAUGGGUCGCCUCUACUUGAGCUGCCAGCAGAGAUACGUCGGCUGAUUUUACUCGCGGCAUUUGGAAACCAAACUAUACAUAUCCACAAAUAUUUCGGCUAUGCUCUGAUUAACGAGGAAAAGCCCAGCGAAGGCCGAUCAUGGAGGAGCAGGACGAAGGCCAAGCGCGCACUUCCAAAGCCUGGCGCCUCACAUUGCGGAAUCACAAUGCCUUUCCGGCGUGACAAAUCUAAGCCUCAAGCCUGGCGUUGGUUCAGCUGUGUUUGCCAUAGGCCAACAGUCGUGAGGCCUGGAGACUAUUUUUUCACUGACAUUGGUCGGAUUCAUCCUGGGGACGAUGACUGUCUCGGGUUUGGACGAGGCUGCGUAUGCAUUACGCCUGAAGUAGUUGAUGGAAUCGAAGCAUUCUCACCCAAAGAUUGUUUUCUGGGAGUAUCAGGCUGGCUUCAAACUUGUAAGCUGGCAUACACAGAAGGGAUGGAAAUCCUCUUGUCCACAAACACAAUCCAUCUCUCCAGUCAACACUUAAUUGAGAAUCUUGCGACAGAGCUGCCCAUUCACCAGCGUACCUGGAUACGAUCAUUGGAAAUUCGAUUAGACCAUGGCGCCUGUGAUGGCGCAUUUAGCGAAGACAUCCCAACAACAAGCGCAAUUUGGAAUAUAUGGGACAAUCUCCCCCAAACCUGCCCUGGCCUCCAAAGGCUGCAUAUUACCAUCUAUGGCUUCAAGGAGCCGCAAAGCAAAAUCAAUGAUCCUCAAUCCCGAAUGGCUCGCAACGUCCUUACUCCGCUGGAUGCACUGCGUCUUGCACUCCCUGAUUCUAUUGAUAUGACGGUGUCUUUUGAAAAACGAGCAUACGGAGCUCUUGAGUGUCUCUACCGCAAGAUAUAUGGCGCCGAUGGGAUGGAGUCUGACCCACGAAAUUUUCGACAAGGUCGAGAACGGCAGAUUCAGGACCCCUAUACUUUCAAAAAGAGAAUAACCGGAACUAGCGACAAGUACUACUGGAUAGAGCAAGGCUUUUCGUGGCCUGUAAUGUAUGUCUGCACGAUGGGCAUGGGGCGAGGGGAUGAGGAGGACCUUUGGCAACAGGUCGUUAAAAUUACUGAAGAUCCGGUUGAAUUGAAAAGAAAAACACCAAUUCAGUCCUGCUCAUCGGAUGCGGCAUCUGCCGCUUUAUUGGUGUAGCAGAAGCACGGCAUAUGCAUUCUUGCGGCACUCUACUAUACACAGAAAGGGUAGCACGCAGACAAGGAUAAUGAACUAUUGAUGGAAUCUGUUUUCUAAAUGGCACCAUAUUUGAUAGCUCUCAAACUAUGUAUAUGCUUAAAUUCGAUAGU